UUCACUCAAGGUUUGCUCUACUGGUCACUAGACACCUGUAUAUAAUAUAAAAUUUUGUUGGGGCAUGGGCCAUAAUUUCAAAUUCUUAAUUUUACCCCACUAAAACUCAUUAUGUUGGGAAUUAAAAAUCUGGUGUAUUGAAUCUUCAAUAACUUCUGCUUUGAUAUCAUGUUGUCUCCUCAUUCUGCAUUUCAUUUUCAGCAUGAUACCCGGUAAAAACAAGUUUAUUUAAUAGCUUCAAAUAUCUUAACCUAUCGCAAACACAGUCAUAAUCAUUUCGCCUUUGGUACAAUCCCAAUGAAAACUUUCAAUCAACUCCAUCAGUUUAACCAUGGCACACACACAAUUCGCAAUAGUUUUCGUUCUCCUCGCCUCGAUCGACGCGAAGAUCUACAAGAAAUGUGAACUGGCGAAAGAACUGAAGUACAAAUACGAUUUCGACGCAAAAGAAAUACCGGUGUGGGUGUGCAUCGCGAAACACGAAUCGGAUUUCAACACUUCUGCAGUGAACAAAGGAAGUGGCGAUCAUGGAUUGUUUCAAAUCAGUGACCUCUAUUGGUGCGAUACGAAACGUCAAGGACGGGCCUGUUCAGCCGACUGCAAGUAUUUCGAAGACGAUGACAUAAGUGAUGACAUUGAUUGUGUCAAAACAAUUUACGGUGAACACGAAAGGAUUUCGGGAAAUGGUUUUGACGCUUGGGUCGUCUAUCCUCUGUUUUGCAAGAAUAAGACCGCGAGUUACCUUGAGGAAUGUUUUCAUCAGAAAGCUACCGAACUGGCAGUAAAUAAUUCUCAAGGCUUGAAUAUGGAAGGAUUCACUACCAACAAUACUUCAACUGAUAGUGUUAAUAAAAGUAUGAACUCCGGAGUGACACUCCCAAGUAAUAAAUUCAAAUAUACUCCCAGCAAUGUGCCUCCUAAUAUAAUAUUCACAAGCCUGGGGUAUUUUAUAUAUGAUACAACGACCAAAAGCCCUGGAAAAAUAGCAUCCAAAUCACCCAUAAAGUCGAUGAAUUUGUCCUCAUCUUAUCUGGGAAAAUACUCAGCAUCAACUACUACCCGCCAACCGUCAUCAACAACAAUAAAAUAUCCUGCUUCAAACAACAACGGACAUAAACACUUCGAUGUCGACCGUAAAGAGAAGACCGUAAAACUGCAGUCAUCUGGCAAUAUUUUUGGGAGAAUAUCCACGACGCGAGAUGUAUGGAGUCAGUUUAAAACCAAAAGGAAUACGACAUUCACUCCAUUCAGUCAUAGAGAAAAUAAAACGCUGAAAUUCUCAUUCGCAGGAAAUAGAUUAGGCAAAGAGAAAUCGGGAGAGGAUAUUGUACAAAAGAUAAAUUUAGGGAAUAUGUAUUCCUUUCAGAUAAACAGACGAGGGGGAUUUCAAUUGAGGUUGCUCUGAUACGUAGCUGUUCAUUUUUUUCAUUAUUUUUUGUAUUUUCUCGUACUUUUUUGUUUUUUUUUUCACGUAGCUGU